ACAUUCAACCCACCAAAAUACGUUGUCAAUUAUGAAGACCGCUAUCAUCUUUUGCACUUUGUUUGCCUUAACUCUCGCAGCUCCUCCAGUCCCUUUCGACUUGGAGGACUCACCUGAAGCUGUCGAAGUCAGGCCUAAGUUGAUGACCUAUCCUGCAAGGAAACGUGGAAGUGGUACAAACAAAAUCGUGAAUGGCAACGUUGAAAAUCGAGGUGAUCAUCCAUACCAGAUCUCUCUGCAAAGACGUGGCAGCAGCUGGUACCACACUUGCGGUGCUUCCAUCAUUAACAACCGAGCUAUUUUGACAGCCGCUCACUGCGUUGACAGUGGUUCCGCUUCAGAAUAUAGAGCAGUCGCUUGUGAAUACAACUUGAAGAAAUCGGAUGGCGGUGAACAAACCAUUGCUGUCAGCCAACUUAUCAUCCACGAACAGUGGAACCCAGCUGUAAUCAACUAUGAUGUUGCAGUUGUAAAGUUGGCCUCGUCAAUCACCUACAAUUCCUAUGCUGCUCCAGUCGUAUUGGCUACAACCACGCCUAAUGACGGUGUAGACAGUUGGGUUACCGGAUGGGGAAGGACUCAAUACGAACCCGCGGUAAGACCUGACAUUUUACAAAUUAUGGCAACUGAAAGGGAAAGCGAUUACUGGGGAGAUAGAGAGAGCAGUAUCUACGAUGAAAAAACUCAAGUCGCAAGUUACAAUUAUAACAAAGGCAUCUGCAUGGGAGACAGCGGUGGUCCACUCGUAUACAAAAAUGGCAACGUAUUGACGCAAUACGGUGUCUGCAGCUACGUCUUGACCCCCUGCGGCAGUAGCAAAUCUGACUACUAUGCACGAGUAUCUUACUUCAGAAGUUGGAUCCUAACCAGGGCCUAAAUUUGAUCAAAGACACAUACCGUGUAAUUAGUUACAUUAGUAAAUUUUAGGUGACUUUAAACCUUCCUGUAGCAUUUAUGCAAUACACAAAUGAUUUAUUAGCAACGAGAUUCUAG